GAGCCGAGACACAGUUCAGCUCGAGCUACGGACGCGAACUGUCGUUGAUUAUCGUGUGCGGCAUUUUGCAGCACUUGCAACGCGCGGAUUCAAGCGGAAACGGAAGUGCAGCGAGAGGCAAACGGUUAACUGUACAAACUGUUGCUUGGUGUUCUUAGUUUAUAGUACCAAUAGCUCUACUUGUGCACGAAGGAGACGCAGCGAGAGUGCGGGAGUGCGAGUCGGAGUCGGACUGGGAGUGGGAGUGGGACGGAGAUAGCAAGAGUGUGUUGUAACGCAAUUAAGACAAUUAGAAAAGUUCAUUUCGGAAAUUACAAACAAGCGCAAUUUGCAAAAACAACCCAGAAUGCAGCAUCAGCAGCAGCAGCAGCAAAAGCAAGAGGACUAAACGCCAGUCGAGCAAUUGGAUAAAAUGGCUCAACAGCAGCACAGCUGGGAUGGCGGCGAGUCAUCAGCUGGUGGCGCAGGCGGAGGAGGUGGCUAUGGUGGGCAUGGACAUGGGCAUCAACAAUCCCAUGGGCAUGCACAUGGUGGCGGACACAAGACGCCAGCACGUGCGGCCAGCAAUCCUUUGCCCUACAAAGGCGCCACGCCCAAGUCGCCCAGGAGCUAUCAUCCAGCGCCGCCCUCGGUUUAUGCCACGUCCACACAGUCCGCCUAUGGCUAUGGCAGCUAUGAGCCUCCGCGCAGUCCCAAGAUUACCACGACCUUUGCCAACGACAGCUGCGAUGAGGUGAGCAGCUCGACACCGUCGUCCUACUACCAAACGCCCACAUCGGGCUCGGCCUCGGGAUCCAUGGACGACUCCUCGUCGCUGAUGAGCGGCCAUGGCGUGCGCAGUCCCAAAUCCCCGUGUAAAUUUGUCUUUGAUGCCGUCAGUCCGGGUCCCGGCAUGGAUCAGGCAGCGCUGGGCCGCAAGUUUGAGUACUACGAACCCAUCUCGCCGGAUGAUGGCUCGCUGUACUACGAGCCACCGAGUUCGCCUCGUCGCCAGGGCUCCAAGAAGCUGAUGCGUUCAAAGCAGCCUCUAGAAACGUUGCCACAGUUGACCACAACAGGUGUGGGCGGGCAACGCGGGGGGAGUGGUAAGCGACGUCGCGACGAGUGGGAGCUGCCGGUGAUAACCAAGAUUGAGGCACGUUGCCUCAAUGCUGCCGCAGCAGCAACAUCCACAGCAACAACUGGAGCAACAGCAGCAUCUUCUGCGGGUGGCUACAGCAGUGGAGGAGGAGCUGGAAGUGCUUCCACUGGCAGCUACUAUGGCCUGAAACGCGACUCGUGUAUUACGGAGUGCACUCAGCUCUCAAUGGAAUCGGGUGAGAUGACACAGCACACGAACAGCACACUGGUGACCACGACAACCACAAGCUUCAGCUACACGGACACCGAUGCUGGCCAUGUCACCAUGUCGGAUGAACCGCAUUCGCAUCGUCAGCGACGUCAUGCCAUCAACAUUACCUCCAAUCCUGGCUAUCAAGUGCUCCACAGCUCGCACUCCACCUUGGAUCGCACCUGCUCGGACAGUGUUGUCUCGCUGCGCUAUCGGAAGUCCACCAGCGAUCUCACCAAGGACUCGGAGCACGAGCUCAGCGGCUGCAAGCCAGCCAAGCCCAAGCGCGAUCCGGUCGAGUACAAGCCUCGACGUCGAGGCAGUUCCAAGGGUGGACUUGCCUAUCUGGCCAGUCGUCGCAGCUCACGCGAGUCCAUGAAGAGCGCCGUCUCCAACACAUCCAUCUUCUCCAACGAUGACAUCGGUCCGCUAGCCUUCCAGAGCUCCAAUCGCGGGCGACAGCGACGCACCUCCAAUUUUCUCGAGUUGCCAGUUCCCGAUCACAUUCGUCCGCGCGUCUGCUCGUUGCCAGAACGUCCAUAUAAUCCGAGGGCCAGCGAUGAUCUGUAUCGACUGCGCCACUUUUCGAUAAGCAAGGGCAACGUGGUCAACUGUGGCGACUCGAUCAUCUCGCGCAGAUCCCGCAGCAACACCAGCGUGAACUCAACCAACAGUCGGGCCAGCGAGAGGUCGCCUUUCGAGGGCAGCUGUUGUGGCGCCGGCUAUGCCAAUGUGGACUCUCUGCCGGCCUCUCCCGAUGAAUCGGAAAAUUUGGAGCCACCGCCGCCGGCACGAUAUCGGGUCGUCAUGCUGGGCGAUGCAGGUGUGGGAAAGACGGCGCUGGUGAAUCAGUUUAUGACAUCGGAGUACAUGCACACCUACGAUGCGAGUCUAGUUUUAGACGAUGAGUUCGGCGAGAAGACGGUGAGCGUUCUGCUGGACGACGAGGAGUCCGACAUGGUAUUCAUCGAUCAUCCCAGCGUCGAGAUGAGUGUGGAGAACUCGCUUUCGACGUACGAGCCUCACGGUUGCGUUGUUGUCUUCUCCGUCGUCGACAAGGGCUCAUUUCGCAUUGCCGAGGAGAUUAUCAAUUAUUUGUGGCAGGAGAAUUAUACCAAGGACAAGGCAGUCAUAUUGGUUGGCAACAAAGCGGAUUUGGCUCGGGCACGGCUUAUCACAUCGCAAGAGGGCAAAACGUUGGCCGCCUCACGCGAUGCCAAAUUUAUUGAGACGUCCAGCGGCAUACAGCACAAUGUCGAUGAACUGCUCGUCGGCAUAUUGAAGCAGAUGCGCCUCAAGGAGAAACGCGAAAAGAAAUCUACCUCGAAGAUGAAAACCUCACGCACCCACAUAUCCCUACAUCUGGCAAAGGAAAUUCUACAGAAAAUUUGCCUUAGCGACAUUUCCAAAUCCAAAAGCUGUGAAAAUCUUCACGUGCUUUAAGAGAAUCGAGCAAAUCAGGCAGCAAAUCAGAGCUAAACCUAAAAUACAAGAAAAACGAAAAUGAAAUAAAAUUAUUUUGCUAGUAUUUUAAAGAGACCGCAAUUUACAUAAAUACAUAGCCCAAUAUUAUCUACCAUAUAGACGUACUCGUAAAUACCUAAGUUAUAUAGCCAAUGCUCAGCUUGCUAAAACUGUUUUUGAUGUUCUCUUUUUUAAAGCAUUUUUACGAGUAUUAUAAAGUCGACGAAUUAUUAUGAACGUUGCAAAUAUGUUACAGCCAAUUUGUGUACAACAUAUGCAUGUAUGUCAUACUAUAGUCCUAUAUGCAGCAAAAUAUAUGUAAAUCUAUAUGUAUGUGGGUACAGUUGAGAUGAGUGUGUGUGAGUGUAUGCAUAGCUGUCUGUACAUAAAGAAAGGUUAUUAAACUCUGACACAAAAAAGAACCUAAUAAAAAUGUUGCUGAAAUUUGCAAAUAGUAUUUAGCAUUGGCAUGCCAAAAGUCUCGUUAGCCUGACUUGUGUAGGUUAAUAAAAAUAUCAAAAGCGCAGACUUUUCUUGGUAAAAAAAUUAAAGCUCAAAUUCGAAAAUGCAGAUCUAACAAGUUAGGAAUCUAUAGUCGGGAUACCCGCUACCCAUUAUUACUAAAUGCAAAAGCGGCGUUACAGUUAAAACAUACCAAAUUGUUAUAUACCAAAAACAACUAAAAUACAGCGAAAGCUAUAUGUGGAUAGACAGGUGGUAUUAUUGUCAAAAUAUACAAAAUUAAAUUACGGGAAAAUACUACAAUAUACCAAAAGUUGUAUGUGUA